AUGCCUACUGUAAAAGCUUAUGAACUUCGAACAAAAAGCAAAAACGAUUUGACUAAACAACUUGGUGAACUUAAAGAAGAGCUUGCUACUCUUAAAGUGCAGAAGAUCGCGGGUGGAGUAACAUCAAAACUAACAAAAAUCCGUGAAGUACGCAAAUCAAUUGCACGAGUAAACACUGUUAUCUCUCAGAAUCAGCGCGCACAUUUACGAGCCUUCUAUAAGAACAAGAAAUUACUGCCGCUUGACCUUCGACCAAAAAGAACCCGCGCUAUUCGUCGUCGUUUGACAAAGAAAGAGGCGUCUGCCAAAACUGAACGAGCCAAAAAACGAGAUGCACACUUUCCACUUCGAAAAUAUGCUAUCAAAGCAUAA